AUCAUUCUGGCUGGUGAUCAUGUGCUACGAGCCGUCACUGGGGCAGCCAAAGAGGAAGUGCGGCUUGUUUUCUUUUUCUUGGUUCCUCUGCUGUAGAAGAUGAAAAGCGAAGGAGGCGGCAGCGGCAGCGGCAACAGCAACAGGCAAAGUUCUUAACUCUGCCUGAAUAAUCCAGAGCUCAGAUGGAGGCCCUUGAGUGGGACUCAGUGACAAAUGACACCUUUCCAUCAACGCUGAGUCCAGCUGUGCUUCCUUAUGUGAGGCUGGGUCUAACAAUUGCCUACACGGUCUUUUAUUCACUCCUUUUCGUGUUCGUCUACGUUCAGCUCUGGCUGGUUUUUCACCACCGGCACAAAAGGUUUAGUUAUCAAACUGUCUUUUUAUUCUUGUGCCUGCUCUGGGCUUCUCUUAGGACGGUGCUUUUUUCAUUUUACUUCAAAGAUGCUGUCACCGCAAACUCUCUCAGGCCCUUUGCCUUCUGGCUUCUUUAUUGCUUCCCAGUGUGUCUCCAGUUUUUCACACUGACCCUGAUGAAUCUUUACUUCACUCAGGUGAUUUUCAAAGCUAAAUCAAAAUACUCACCAGAACUACUUAAAUACAGGUUGCCACUCUACUUGGUCUCUUUCUUUGUCAGCCUUCUUUUCCUGUUGGUGAAUGUCAUAUGUGCAGUGCUCGUGAGAAUAGAUAAUUCAGAAAGGAAAAUCAUUGUAUUGGUCAGGGUUGCAAUAAACGACACACUGUUUGUGCUGUGUGCCAUUUCGCUCUCCGUUUGUCUCUACAAGAUUUCCAAGAUGUCUUUAGCAAAUAUUUACUUGGAAUCCAAGGGUUCAUCUGUGUGUCAGUUAACAACAAUAGGAGUGACUGUUAUACUACUUUAUACAUCAAGAGCUUGUUACAACCUGGUCAUUUUAUCAUUUUCUCAAAACAACAAAGUGACAUCUUUUGAUUAUGAUUGGUACAAUGUAUCAGAUCAGGCAAAUCUGAAAUGCCAACUGGGUGAUGCUGGAUAUAUAGUAUUUGGAAUAAUCUUGUUUGUGUGGGAGCUCCUGCCCACUUCCUUAGUGGUGUUCUUCUUCCGUGUUCGAAACCCUACAAAAGACCUAACAAACCCAGGAAUAGUACCAACUCAUGCAUUCAAUCCAAGAUCUUAUUUCUUUGACAAUCCUCGCAGAUAUGAUAGUGAUGAUGAUUUGGCAUGGAGCAUAUCACCACACAGCAUACAUGGCAGUUUCUCCCCUGAAUUCUAUGACUGGGGCUAUCAAAGCAACAGCUUCAUGGCUCAAGUUGGAUCCUUGCAGAAUGAUAAUGUAUCAGAGAUUGAACGACCAAGCCCAAUGUAAAAUCAAACCAAUGACAUUUUCCCUUAAUUCAGCAUGACUAAUGGAGCACAAGUUACAGGUUUAGCGCAGCCCAUGGAAAAUAUAGGAGGCAAAAUAAGCUACAGGUUUACUUUACGAAAUCACAAAGUAGUUAUAUUUUCAUUGCAAGAACCUAUGUUAAGGCUGUGAUCCUGCAAAGAUUUGCAUGUGUACUUAAAUUAUACAUAGAUCUCCCAAUGGACAUUGAGUGUCCUUUUGUAAUGAAGAUCAAAUAAAAUUGUUUUCACCAGGUGGCUUCCGAGGGGGAAAAAUCUUAUGUAUUUUCAGCUAUUUUCAUAUUAGAAAGAUACUGCUAUACUUUUAUAGAAACCUUUUCUUUUAUUGUCGCGGUUGAUAUGUAUAGAACUACUUUUGUUUAAAAUGCCAAUUUCAUUUCAUAAAGUAUAGUACACCAGGUCAUUGUUGUGCUGAUAGGAAUUGUGCACAUCACACCAAGUCUUUUCACCAGUGUCGAUAUGCAAAUAAAUCAUUUUUUUUUAAAAAAAAACUAGUUCCAGCAAAAUGUUCAUUUAAAAAAAAAAAGUUUUGUAGCCACGCUUGAAUGAAAUGAAUUACAAGAGAAUUUUG